AUGAUCAAGCUGAAGCUCGGCAAGGGAACUGCUUCGCAGGCGCCGGGCUCGACAUCGCAGAAUACCGCCUCAUCGCCGUCCACUGCUGCGCCAGCACAACAACCACCGGUGAAACUAAAGCUCAGCGUAUCGCAACCUCCAACCCCCAUCACACAACCGCCGAACGCCGGAUUCCCACCAACCGACCCUCCCGCGAAGAAGAAGCGAGCAUACGUCCGCAAAGAUCCCGACUCGAAGAAAGCCAACAGCAAGAAGCGCGCCGCCGACGAUGACACCAUCUCACCUGCCCCCAAACGUGCCGCCAGUGGUCCCUCGCGCAAGAUCUCGCUCAAAAUCCCGAAUAACAACCUUGGCGAGGAUGGCAGAGGGCUCGCGAAGAUCCCCUUGAUCAAGAAACGUCCCUCAGUACCCAAAUUCGUCGAACUUCGCGCGCGCGGCAAGGCACCGCCACGACCGAAAGGCGUCGGAUAUGACUCCGAGGAUUCGGACACGGAGAAGGAUCCGGCGAUCCAGCAGGCUUUGAUCUUGCGUAUGGAACCGGGAGAGGAUGCGGAUUACAUCCGAGAAGCGAUCGCGGAGGGCAAGAUCGGACCACAUCCGAGUCAAGGAGAUGCGGAGGUGUCAUUGAAGUUUGUGGAGAAGACAUAUCGGCGAGCGAUGGUCAGGGUAAGAGGUAGAAUGUAUGGCGCUGUUCUGGUGGAUCUACCCUGCGUGGUGGAGUCAAUGAAAAGCUUCGACAAGAAGGGAUGGUGGAAGGUGGCCGACGUGACACAAAUGCUGCUCGUGCUGGGUCGAUGCGGUUCCGAAGAGGAGGCCCGCUCUCUGCCACUCCCUCGAGAGGUCAACAAAGACACCUUUCAGUACGCUCACGGUCUGACACCGCCGAUGCACUGGGUGCGCAAGCGCCGCUUCCGCAAACGCCUCAACUACACCCAAGUCCAAAACGUGGAAGAAGAAGUCGCCAAAUUGCUCGAGCAGGAUGCACAAUGGGAACUAGGUGGCGGCAAAGUCGUCAGCGAAACUCUUUCCCGCAUGGAAAUGGAACGCUCGCAAGAACCACAAGACUACGACUUCGAAGACGACGAAGAUGCAGAAGGCGAAGCUGUCGAUACAGUCGAGACGGACCAAUACGAUAUGGAGGUGGAAGACGACGAACCCGACGAAGACCUCGAAGCCAACCUCCAAGCCAUGUUCGACGACGAAGAAGACGCUCCUUCCGCCAUGCCCUCCGAAGCAGCGACGCCAAUCAGCACGCCCGCAGGCGAAGCGGCGCAGACUUCCGCCUCGGACGACGACGAAGAAGACGGGUCGGAUGAGGAUUCCGACGACGACGACGACGCGGACUCGAUGGAUGCUGUGGACGAGGAUGCGCUGGCGAAAGCGGCUGAGAAGGCGCAGCAGAUGGAGGAGGUGGCGGAUUUGGAGAGGGAGGUGGAGAGGGCAAGGCAGAAAGUCAAGGCGAUGACGAACCAGUUGUUGAGGCAGAGGGAGGUGCAGAAGUUGGCGGCGUUGGAGGAGGAUUUGAGGGUGAAGAAGGGUGUGUUUGGAUUGGACGAUGGGGAGGAUAGUGAGGAGGGUUGA